CGUAGACACAUCGAUCGAUCGUCUCCAACAGUUCCUUUUUCCCCGACGUACGUAGGUGCGAUCGCCGGCGGCAGCGGCGGCGGCGGAGAGAACGAGCAGAGGUAUCUUGACUUGCUCUUCCGUCAGCAUUCACUCGCCGACGGGAACGAUUGGUAACUUUCUCUAGCUAUCUCCGACUUUCCUUUUAGGUUUAAUUGGAAUUCGGGAAGUUUGUAAUCAAAUCACGGAGAAGCUUUCUCGUUUCCAAUUAAAAAAAAAGGAAAAAAAUCACCCAAUCAAUCAGUUGGGGAUUUUCUUGGAAACCGCCAUGGAAGCUUCUCUCUAAAUCCAGCUUUAACUCUCUCCCAUCCCAAUGCUGCAUCUAAUCUUUGAUUAUUUUUGUUCCCGUCUUCAAUCGAUCGUUUUUUUGUUUCCAGAGAGAGGGACGAAGAGAGAGAGAGAGAGAGAGAGAGAGAAAUAUGUCGUCGUCGCAGAGCUCGCCGUGUGCGGCGUGCAAGUUCCUGCGGCGGAAGUGCACGCCGGAGUGCGUCUUCGCCCCUUACUUCCCGCCCGACCAGCCGGCGAAGUUCGCCAGCGUCCACCGCGUCUUCGGCGCCAGCAACGUCGCCAAGCUGCUCAACGAGAUCCCCGCCGCGCAGCGAGACGACGCCGUCAACUCCCUCGCCUACGAGGCAGAGGCCCGGCUCAACGACCCGGUCUACGGCUGCGUCGGCUUCAUCUCCAAGCUCCAGCACCGCCUCAAGCAGCUCCAAUUGGACCUCCACCUCGCCCGGCAGGAGCUCGCCAAGUACAUCGGCCCUCACGCCCUGCUCCCUACUUCUUCCGAUUUCGCCGCCCCAAACUACCCCGGAAACCCCUCUGCUUCAGGCCUCUUGAUGUUGCCGCCGCCGCAGCAGCAGCAGCAGAUCAGUUACCCGAUGAUGGGCAUUCCGACCGGGUCGGGUUUACCCAUUAUGAUCCGAGAGAAUACCCAACAUCAGCAGCAGCAGCAGCAAUUUCAUCACCGGCUUCAAAUGCAGCAGAUGUACGAGGCGGCCCAGCAACAGGAGAUGUUGAGGGCUUAUAAUGAACAGCAGCAGAGGCAGUUUCAGCAGCAGGAGGUGAUAAGGUUGAUGGACGGCGGUGGUGUUACUGCGACUGGGUUCAAUGGUGUGCCAUCAUCAUCGCUAGCUCUUGGGAUGAUUGAUGAUGGCAGCGCGUUCCAAGGGCAGCAGCAGGCGGUUGUGGAGCUUAAGCCACAGCUGUUUCUUCAGCAGCAGCAGCAUCUGCAGGAAGAGCAGCAGCAGGAGAGGUCUGCAGGGAGCGAGGAGAGGGGAAGGAGCACAGGGCCGUCAGCUUGAUGAUGAAGAACUUUUCAGAGACAGUUUACCUUUUUUGUUUGGCUGAGACAUAGUGUGACAGAGAGAUGUGUGCAGAGUUUCUGUUUCUUGGUGAGUAUGACUCUCAAGCUUUCUUUCUUUCUUUCUGUCUCUCAACAUACACACACAUAGACACACACACACAGAAAAGUUGACAUUAAUGAAGGGAAGAUAGCAUAGCUGCCAUUUAUUCAUGAAUGGAGGGGAGUAUAGGUAGAGGGAAGUGGAAAGGCAGCAUUAUUCCAUGCUGCAUAAAGGAAGGAGGAGUUGGUAGGAGAGUUAAUUGUCAUUGUCUUUUCUGCAGUGAGGGAAUAUGCUUUUCCACUCUUCCUUUACACAAAUCUUCUUCAGUCACUUUCAUGAAGGGGGGGUUUCUUAUUUUCUCCCAUUCCAGUAGUACUAUUGCUAGGGUUCUAUCUCCAUCUUAUAUGCUUAGUCUGCCAUAUGCAAAAUCUGGAUACAAUCUCCAAUAUUCUUGACAUUGCCCUACUUGUGAGCAAUUUUUACCUCCUGCAAUUGAUAGCAUAGGAACAUUUAUAGAGAGGAUUCAUUUUUGUGUGGGUGGUUGUUGUAAUUAUUCAAUUAGAAAAACCCAUGAUCUUGACUGUCCAUAAAAAGAAAAAAGGCAGGAUCUUGACUGACUUAAUUAAGAGGGUGCUGGAUUUAUGCAUAUGAUUCAACUACCUAAUGAAGAAAAUGAUCUUUGAUUAUAUGUACCCUUAAACUUUAUUGCUGUUGAUGUUUCUUAUCUUUUUUUCUCAUUUGUUGCUCUUUUCUUGCAGUGGAAAAGGUGUAGGAGCUAGACAGUUGACCUAGAGCAAAGCUACAGUUAGAGAUAGAGAGAGAGAGAGAGAGAGAUAUGUGAAGAUUUCCCCAUUGAAGAACCUACCUCUCAAUUCAGCAUUCUGAUGGGAUUAAGUGAAUGGCAUUUGAUGAUCAAGUAUAUACAGCCUGUUGGUAGUAAUUAGUUAACUAGCUACAGACAGCCUUUUUUUUUCUUUUCUUCUUUUCUACUGUUCUUGUUUUGUGCAGAGAAGAAAUACAAGAAUGCAGCUGGCAAAUUACUGAAAUUUUAGUAACUUUUUUAAUUUUCUCCAUGUUGCAAAGUGUCUAUGUUGAUGGUUGUUGAAUGGAUGGAGGUAUGUGAAGUUUGGGGCUCAGAAAUUAAGAUAAACGUACGAUUAGGUU